AUGGAGGAGAUCGUAAUCGAAGAUGACGCAACAAUAAGGUCUUAUUUCGUUACGCAGUCAUCCAAAUAUGUUCUUUAUACGAGGCUAUGCAACACUAAGAGUUCCAAAAAUAUUGGUGAACUAAUCCUAUAUAAUUUCAAAGAGAAGAAAACCACACAAUUGGAUAUAAUAAUUCCUAUUAGUGAGUCAAACUUUGAUUUUGAGUUGAAUUAUUUAUCGAUAGUGGAUGUGCCUAAGAUUUCAUUCAAACAAGAGAACGCAAAAGUUACUAAAGUUUCCUGGAUUGCAUUUAAUACAGGCGAUAGUAUUUGUAUCAUAUCAUUCGAUGAUGUAUCGACCUGCGAAAUUGUUACUCAUAAGUGGUUUAUAGAAAAUGCGAGAGACUGCAUCACAUCGUUCAACUGCAAAGCAGAUAAUAAUGGGAAUAUUAGAAUUUUAUAUUCAACAAAAUUGGGCAAUUUGACUUAUGUCAAGUUCAAUACUAUGUUCAAGAGAUGGUCUUUGAUUAAGAAAUUUGAUGAUUUUGCUUCUGAUUCCCUAUCAUUUGUAUCCUUUGGCUACUCAGGACUUCAAGCUAAAUGGGAAGAUAGAAUCGGGGAUAUUGAUAAUGCCUUGGUAUCAGGUUUCGACAAUAAUCUAAGGUUUUUAGUUAGACAAAAGGGGAUCGACUUCAGAGUUGAGAAUGAAACUCUAUACUCCACAUUUAAAACUAAUAACGUUUUAACUUGUGCAGAUUAUCAGAUUGUCAAAAGCAGAAGUCCGACAUCUUUCACAGCGAUCUGUUGUGGAAACGUCACUAACUUGGGAUGCACAGUGUACAAAAGGUCAAAUAGAGGUGAAUGGGUUUUCUUGGCCUUCCUUGAUAAAAUUAUUGAUAAAGAGGAGACUAUAUCAACCGUCAACUGCCAAGUUGUCUUGGGUCUCCAAGAGAGUGAAGUAGUCAUAUAUAGUGGAAGUGAAAACGGAAAACUCUAUGAAUGGACAUUCAAUUGGAAGGAAAAUAUUAUCAUUAAAGAGGACGUUCACAUUGUUGGUGGUAAGGAAGACGUUAUCCACAAAUUAAUGUGCAUCAAUGGUUCUGUCUACUAUCUCGUUAAUUCCGAACGAAUCGGUCGCAUUACAUAA